AUGGACAGACACUUCCUGGAACUUUCGGACAAGAAUAGCCAAAUCCAUCGCUUAUGGCGGACAUUGGUCGGAGCGAUGGUUUCAGCGGCAUCCAAGGAAAUUAAGGUCUCUGUUGACACGACUGCCUUCAUAUCACAAAUGUGUGGUCUUUUACUCAAGCAUUGGGAGACUGGUCUUGCCGAGAUGGAAGACUCAGGCCCCGAGACAGCAGCACGAUUCUUGGCCAGUGCUCGGGAGAUUAUUACGGUCACUGUGGAGGCUCUUGGUCCUCUGCCUUUCACCGAAAAGAGGAUCUCUCUUGGACGGCUUCACACUUUUACGCCUGUCUCGACUCCCUCUCAUAAGCCCAUGAAGAAUACAGGCGAUGCUCGGACACCACUUCAACAUCUUGCUGGCUUGGUCUCGAGGCUACCUCCAGGCAUCGCUGACAACGAGGAGUUUGUCGAUUUUUAUCGGACUGUUUUUGACCCAUUUUUCGCGCCAAAGUCAACGAAAUCUCGGUUUGAGUUGGCACAGGAGAUGCUGUCAGUGACACCCAUCUGGUCCUCUCCGGUUACUCAUUCUCCGUACGCACCAUGGGUCAUCGCAGCAGAGUGUUUGGCUACUACCUUUAGUUCGUCACAGAGCAGCGCGCAAACCACCAGCUCCACUGGCGAGCCUGUUCUUGGCCACGAGUAUCGCACAGUUGUGCGCCUUUUGGAGCGCGGAUGGAAGGAAGCACCCAAUCUUCCCUGGCAACACUGGUGUUCACUCUUUACGCUCUUGUCCAACCGAGCCAGCGAAGAGACUGGCGAAGCUGGCCGAGCCCUGGGAGUUAUUGAGCCUCUUGCGAAGAUUGUCCGGGAAUCUCUUCCUACCGACCGCGCCUCCGUGAUAUCCGCGAACACUGUCAAGGCUGCAUCAGAAUUGCUCUCUGUCGCCAACCAUCCAUUGGAUAGGCAGGCCGUGGAAGCAGCUCGACGCCGGCUUUGGGGUACGGCUGUUGCAGGGCCCAGAUCAUCCUCUUUCGACCCGUUCGAUAACCUGUACAAACUGACCAACAACCUCCUGGAACGCCUCUACGAGGCCAGUGAGCGCGGCAGCCUAAAUGAGUCGGCCACUCCAUUUCUCAAGGAAUGUUGCGGGUUUCUGUCUCGUUGUAACCCCGAGCUUGCCCCAAGAACUGUGUCAAACUUGGAGAGUGGCCUUGUCAUGUGGAUCCGGGAUUCGCAGGGUAUCCUGAAGGCUCGUCAGAGCCCUGCUGCGUCUGAAGCUGUAAGUUUCUCGGUCGAAUACAAAAGGUCUUUUGGUAACCGUGAACAGCUCAAGUUCCUCUGGGAUAUUGUCGGGAAAAUCAUUCUGCCUGACACUACGUUAGCAGAAAUUCAACUCGAAGCGUUUGAGGAACUCUUCUGUGCUGCCUUCGAAAGCAAGCACCGGCAUCUUGUCAACUCCAUUGCCCAGACAUGGAACCGCAUCUACGAGAACGCGGAGAGCAUUCAGUACCCUCAACAUCUCAAGACCGUUUUGCUUGCUAUUCAACCGGUCGUCGACAUUGUUCUACCCGGCCUGGAACCUACUCACGCGGCACCCACGGAACAGAACCAUUCCUUCGUUGAGUCUCAGGACGACAUAGAGAUGCUCACAUUAUCUUCGACACGAUCGUCACGGAAUAGGCCUCAGCCAUCUCUCUCAACUAGCCGUUCUUCCCCUCUCAGCUCAAUCAAGCCGCCGUUAUCCGCAAGGAAGAAGCUGGACAGCACUCCUAGGAGAACUCGAAGCAGAGGCAGACGCAGUGCUGCGACUGCUCGUUUGAGGCACGAUGACUCGCAGAUUCAAUUUGCCCCCAUCGAAAAGUCGCCCCUGAACCCAACAGUCAACCCCGAGUCUCAAGUGCUCACUGAACGCCAGAAGGAGAUUAGGGAGAGGCAAAAAGACACUGCGGCAUUGUAUCCGGAGAUGCGCUCUAGCCCCCAGGCGCAUCCGCAGGAAAACACAUCUGUCGAGCCUGAGUCUGCCGUUCCUGACAAUGGUCCGGAGACACCCAAAGACGUCACGCCAAAGCGUAACGCAAGAUAUGAGGAUUUUGUUAGCUCUACCCCGACACCUCGACGAGGCCAAGCUUUGGCUAUGGCGGAAAACGAUCAGGAUAUGACGGACCCGCCGUCCUCGCCCCCAGAGCCUCGGCCGUUCCCAUUGUUACCUCAAAUCAAGUCCCGAACUAGCAGCCGGAGUGAGCUUGACGACUGGCAGUUUAGUUCAUCGCCGGUUUCUGGUUCGCCGUCCCCGGAAAUGGCAGUAGCGACCGAUGAACCUACCGAGCUUCAUCUGGCAAACGGCAAUGAUUCUCGGCGUCAAUCUGGAGAAGCCAGCCCAGAUCUGUCAGCAGUCGAUGAUUCGUUCCAAGUCGUGCCCUCUAGUGCCGUUGAGGAACCGGAGCUGCCACCUCCUGCUUUCGAACCUAUCAAGGAGACAAUGCAGUCUCAGCAUUCUGAGCAGGCGACAACCGAGUCUGCUGCAGAACCGCAACCUGACAAUACCCCAUCGACUCCCAAAAACACUCGGGUAAUCAACAUGGAAGAGCCAAGGUCCGGCAACGAGGUGUUUGUCGACGCACCCUCCAGCCCCCAGCCCACUGUUCUCACCAGAUCCGCGACUCGUGCUGCGGCUAACAAGGAUCGCUCUUUCGACAUGAGCGAUGGGGAUGAGCACAGCAUGUUGAGGCUUGUUGUUGAGUUAGACCGUAGAAAGUGCGAGCUCCCGAUCAACGACUACCCUGCCAUCUCGCCCCCCAAACCUUCCAAGAGUCCCAGAAGCGCCAAGAAGAGGGAGGAGAAGCCCGCUGUCCUUGAUUGCAUCACCGUCCGUGGCGAGGAUGACGACGAAGAGGAAGACGAGGAUGAGCCUGCAGAGCUUGCUCUUUCGCAGCCCCUGACGCGGUCGCGCAAGAGCAAGUCUCACUCACCCGGGAGACCUUCGACUCCCGUGACCAGGUCGGCCGCGUCCUCUCCGGAUAAAUCAGCCAAGAAGCGGAAGAGAGGCGGUUCAUCCAAGUAUGAAACUCGUCGCAAGAAGAGAAAGUCCGUCGACGAGGCCGACGAAGAGACUGACGAGAUGGAGCCCUCCCAGCUCACCAUGUCACCUGUCCUCGGCGAAGAGGCGACUCGCGAGAGCCACGGCUCGUCCAUCCACGAUACCCCGUCCAAGCGCUCCAUCGGUUCUAGAAGCGAGGAUUUGGAGGCCGAGGUCCACUCGCAGCUGGUUCAUGAGCAGCAAGAGGCGGACUACCGCGAGAGCCAGUCCUUUGAGGAACCAGAGCUGGAGCCGUCUUCGACACAGGCACCCCCGGCGGUUGAAGACUCAAUGGACGUUGACAUCGCCGAUGCUACCGAUGCUAUCGUCGCGCAGUCCGAGUCUCAUGACCCAGCCAACACCAAGGGUGUGAGCAUGAUCGACUCCUUGAGCGGCGUUCUCACUCAUCUUCGUUCCGCGGCGCUAUCGCGCGAGGAGGUGUACAAAAUGGAGGACAUUCUAAUGGACAUCAAGAGAGAGCUCUUCGCAGCCGAGGCCCGAGGACGAGCCUGA